AUGAAAUUAGCUUUGUCACAAUCAUGGGUCGAGGCUCGUCUAAUCACUGAGCAGAUCGAGCAAGCUCUCGGCCAAAGGCCACAAUUUUCGGGUGAUGCACUGGCUAUGAGAGAACAAUACAAAGCUCUCUCAAUCCAGAUAAAUGCUUCUCACAAGAGGGCCCUUCACCUCAAAAUCGAGGAUAUCGCAAUCACGGAUUAUCUUGCCGCUAGGGUUUAUACCCCUCCUAAUAAGGAUGGAAACGCAUUGCCCGUUGGUAUCUACUUUCAUGGUGGUGGAUGGUGUUGUGGCGACGUGGAAACCGAGGACGGUAUCUGCCAAUUGUUAUCUGAACAUGUUCCUUGCAUUAUUGUCUCAGUGGAAUAUCGACGGGCGCCUGAGCAUAAAAGCCCAGUGCAGCUUCAAGAUGUGCUAGAGGGCUGGACCUGGGCAUGGAACAAUGCAUCUAUGCUGAAUGGUGACCAAGCUAGAUAUUUCGCGAUUGGCCAGAGUGCGGGAGCUCAUCUUGCACUUGCUUUGGCGAAUCAGCUCGUCGCAUUGGAUCGAAAGGUUGAAAUCCGCGGUGUCGCAGCUCUGGCUCCAAUCACCACUCAUCCUGCCCGGGUCCCUAGCAAAUAUGAUGACAAGUAUCGUUCUUUCACGGAUUGUGCAGACGCUCCGAUUAACACAGCAUUUGCUAUGAAUGUAUUCUUCGACGCCGUUGGUGCAAGCCCCGACGAUCCAGAUUUCUUUAUCAUUAAUAGUAAACACAUUGAUGAUUUCCCUCCCACAUACUUGGUUGUGUGUGAUAUUGACCCCAUUCGUGAUGAUGGCCUAGUGAUGCACAGCCUAUUAAAGGAGGCCGGUGUUCCAACAAAGCUUGAUUAUUAUAUCGGCUUGCCCCAUGUCUUCUGGGCGUUAGACUGUAAACCACCAAGCGGGAACUUCCUGAGUGACGUGCUUAGCGGCAUCAACUUCUUAAUGAAUGAUGCAGUGUAA